AUGAGAUCCAUCCUGCAGAGAGGAGGCAAGCUUACUGCUGGCCUCGCUUUUUGCUUCUCCUCACCGUCUGCCCGCACCUCGACCUCAACUAGGGCUUCCGUCACUGUCGGGCAGAUUAAUGACUUCCUCACAGUUUGGAAAUCAGCGAUCGAGGUGGCUGGUGACGGCGACAAUGCUUCGAUCGUGUCAUCAACCUAUUCCUCUUCCGUCGUCGCCUCGCAGGACGCCGUUUCGUGUGCUCCGUUUUGUCUUCCGCGGGUCGCGGUCUCUAGAUGCGCGAUCGAUGAUGAACCGCGGCGAAUCCGCUCCGCUUCUAUUUAG